UAUGAUGAUACAACCAGAGUCCAACGAAUGAAUGUUCGACAAAAAUUGGAAUACAAUUCUUCUAAACUAAUCUGUGUGUUUGUCAAAAUAUUGAACUAACUCAAAAGUCGUUCGUAAACCAAGAUGGAAACGCAUGUGACAAAACUGGAAUAUCUGCAUAAGCUGACCGCUUUGACUUUUAGGAAGUUUAUCGCAAGAUGUCGGGGGAUGUUUUGCGCGACGAGCCGCUGAUAUGCUCUUGGGCGAAAUGACUUGCUUGUCGUGGCGAAUGCCUGUAAAAUUCCGGCCUAAGUUAAAUCACAUAGUGUUGUAAUCUUGCCGGUGAAAUCAUUUAACAUCUCAAGUGUGUGUUGCCAGCGGUGCAAAAUUCGAGCACGGAAAUUGUUCGUGGAAACUGUAUCAGUGCAUGUACCACUGCCAGAACCACGGAACGAAAUAAUAGAUACUGUUUUAACAAAGAAACAAGACUAUCGAAAUUAGAAUUGAAAGAUUCUGAGGGAAUACGUGAUUUUAAUAGUAAUUGAAAUGGGUGUCAGGGCAAGUACCGUAGCACAAUCUGCAGGAGGCAACAGUCAAUCAUCUACUGGGACCAAUGAGACCACGAUGCAAGGCUUUUCUGUGCUUCGUUCCUUGCCUGGAGGUGUUGGCGUGUUGCAGCAUCAACAUCAACAAGGAAGUCAGUCGCAGACUUCUCGAGUAUCUGGAGAUAAUAGACAACGUGCACGUUCUCUCAGUUCUGUACCGGAUCUUUCUUCAGGAGAACAAGGUGCUCUUGCCUCUACCGUCGGUGUUGGAGUAGCUCAGGCUCUUGGAUUGCCACAACUUGAUUCGGACGAUGCAGAUGAAGAUAGUGGUAGGGUAUAUGCCGCUCACAGCUUGCCUUCUCACAUCUGGUCCCUUAACGGUCUAAAGUGUCCUGUAUGCUCUAAGUUUAUCCUACCGGAUGAUAUUGAGUGUCACCUGGUAAUGUGCCUGACCAAGCCACGUCUCAGUUAUAAUGAGGACGUAUUAGCAGAUGAAAAAGGAGAAUGUGUAAUUUGCCUGGAAGAAUUACAGCCUGGUGAUGUUAUUGCCCGCUUGCCCUGUUUGUGUAUAUAUCAUAAAAAUUGCAUUGAUAAAUGGUUUCAAGUGAAUCGUAGCUGCCCUGAACAUCCUGGAGAUUGAUUUGCACUUUGAAAAUUACAGUGGAUAAUGAGUUUGGCCCAGAGGACACUUAUGUCAAUGGGAAUAGGAAUGGAGAUAACGAAAGAAAUUUGAAAAAAGCUAGUCAAGGUGACUGCUAGUCCGCAAUGGUGGUUGGUGCAUGCGGUGGUUGUUCAACAGAACAAGAUACACUAAAAUUAAAAUUGAGAACGGACGUUUGAUUAAAUUCUCGACUCUAUUAUUACUAAGGAGAGGACUUAAAAACAAAUCGCCAUAAGUUUCAACGAUACAAUGCUAUUAACUAUACGUAUCUAUAAUUAAUCUAUUAUUGCUCUAUCGCUUAUUAUCAAUUGUACCAUAUUUAUAAAUUUUACUUAGUUUUACAACUUGAAGUCGAUUUAGCAUUAAGCAAAACAGUUUUUAUCAUUACUGAUGAUUAUUUUUUCUUUGGAAAGGGGAGAUAAAGGACAAAUCAUAGUCAAAGGACCUGCCCCAUGCAGGUGAGCUCUACCUUAGAUAAUUUAGUUAUAUUUUUAAUGAUUUUACUAUCACGACAAUGUAUCGUUUCUGUUAUCUGUUGGGAGAUGAGUGCUAGAAAGGAUAUUUUUGAUACUUUCAUAAAAGGGGAGCCAGGAUGUAUAAGAAUUUCAAGCAGAGGACUUGUCGCAAUAUUGUUGAUGCUGUAGUAAAAAUAAAGGUUCUGAUUUAACCUUCUCUAUUGAAA